CUUUCAUGAUUCCGCGAGCGAGCUUACGUGACGAAGACGAAGUGUUUUUCAUUGUACUCUUUGGAGCUGCAGUUUUAAAACCUUUUCUAUCCGGAUCUCUGAAAACAAAAACCAUCACAAUGUCAGAUUCUGGUGAUUCAAACCGCAAAUCUGGACAUUUUGCCUGCUUGAUUCUCGCUCGCGGUGGAAGCAAAGGCAUAAAAUUAAAGAACAUCAAAGCGUUAGCUGGACAACCCCUCAUCGCGUGGGUGCUUCGCGCCGCCAUAGAUUCGGGAGAAUUUGACAGCGUCUGGGUGUCAACAGAUCAUGCUGACAUUGCCAGGAUAUCCAAGGAAUGGGGUGCCCAGGUACACAUGAGAAGCCCCCAUACUGCCCGGGACCAAGCCACCUCCAUCGAGGCUAUGCAAGAGUUUCUCAAGGAACAUCCAGAGGUCAAGUUUGUAGCCAACGUCCAGUGCACAUCUCCUUGCCUACAUCCAUCCCACCUCCAGAGGACCUGUCACAUGAUCAGAAACCUGGGCUACGACUCGGUGUUUGCCGUCAACAGGAGGCACCUCUUCCGAUGGACCGAGACCCCUAUAGACCAAGCUGUGAGUACAAAGGCUGAGAACCUCGACCCUGCUAAGAGGCCACGCAGGCAGGACUGGGCCGGCGAGCUGUAUGAGAAUGGAUCCUUCUACUUUGCAACAAGAGAACUCUUGAUGGCUGGACUCUUCCAGGGUGGAAAAGUUGGCUAUUGUGAGAUGCAGCCUGAGUACAGCGUGGACAUCGAUACCGACAUCGACUGGCCCAUCGCAGAGCAGCGAGUGAUUAAGUUUGGCUACUUUGGCAAGACCAAGCCCCAGGGUGUCAAGCUGGUGGUCUUCGCAGCAGACGGCGUCCUCAUCGACAACCAAAUCAAUUUUACUGCAACAGGAGAAGAGUUCCGUUCUUUUAGCCUGAGCGACUCCAUCGGUAUCAAACAUCUGAGAGAGAAAGGCGUAGAAGUCAGGGUCAUUGCUGAUGAGGAGAACGCUGUCACCACCAAAUUGGCAGCUCGGCUUGGUAUCGCCAUGGCUACAGAAAGCAAGAACAAGGUGGAUCUGCUGAAUGAGUGGAGAAAAGGACUUGAUUUAGAUUGGAGUCAGGUCGCAUAUAUGGGUCAAGAUACUCCGGACCUUGAUUGCAUGAAGACGGUCGGGAUCGGAGGAGCGCCCGUCGACGCCCAGAACGAGAUCACCACCACGGCCAAGUUUGUGGCCAAGAGCAAGGGAGGUAAGGGAGCAGUCCGGGAGUUCUGUGAUCACCUGCUACUGGUGAUGGAGAAGGCCAAAUCUGCAGCGGAAGACAGGAAGAUAUAGGGUUGUACGACACUUGCUUUGGCGAAAGGUGCUCCACGGUUGAUUCCAGUGGGAGCACAGUGGUGUAUUGGUUAAGGUUCUUGACUCACGUACAUGUACAGAAGGUCCUGGGUUCAAUGCUUUCAUAAUGCUUAUAUUAUUGGAGAAGGUAUUUAGCCCAGAUCCUUCCCUUAUUUUCAGGCGUAAUAACCUAUUGCCUACUGGAACCUGGUGACCCCUGUAUUAAACGUAUGGCUAUGAUUGAAUUAUGUAGUCAUCAGGUUAACUCGGUACAUGGCAUUGCUGGGGUAAUAAAAAUCACAGGGCCCUCAGAAAGAGCAAUAUUCAUUCCAGGGUGGCUACCUUGGUAAAGAAGACAAAAAUAAAAAUUGAAUGAAUUACGAUAUUAACCAAAAUCCCAAAUUCUGACCAUGUCCCCACCAAUAUACCUAACCCCAACCCUAAACAUAACAUAUAACUUGAUUAUAACCCUAACCUUAACCCUACACCUAACAUAUAACCCUACACCUAACAUAUAACCCUAACCUUAAGCCUGUGUUUCUGAUGGAGUUGAGCAGUUGUCGCCGCAGCAAAUGUCAGAUCACUCAAAUUAAACAUGAAAUGAUAACCUGGAGGUUUAAAGCCUUGGUGCCCAAUGUUCCUGUAAACGUAGGAGUCUUUGACAGUGUACAAGAGGGAAGUUCUAGGCCCUGCUCUAGGACAGUUAUUAUCAAAAAAGAACUCACAGUGAUUGAUGGUACAUUGUAGCUAAUGAAAUUACUGAAAUCAUUGCACCUGAUUGGCUUAGAGAGAUUUUGUUUCAAAACUUGAUAGCAAGUUGAGAUCUUUUUCUUGUGCAUUGCCAUGAAAACCAACUUUAACACCUGAUUUGAAUAUUCCUAAUUAGAAAAUCAUUCUAGAUUUAGAUGUAAGCUGUAAACAAGAUGUAGUCACAUGAAACCUCUAACAAUAUUUUAUGGUGAACGGUACACUUCAAUAUUCAGAAAAUGAGAAUUAUUGGCUUACUUAGCGUAAGAUAUCUCGUCUUUCCUAUACAUUGUAGAGGAGAACUAAAUUGUGACUUUAAUUUUGUGAAUGUUUGGGGCAUGUCAGCUCAUUCCUAAGUUCGAUGUAUGGUACUAAUUAAUAAAGUGUAUUGGUUUUACACGUUUAUCACCAAAAUGGUGGUGAAAUAAGAUAUUAAAGUAUAUAAUUUAAAAAACCAAGCAAUUCUCUUCAAAAUCACAGAUUUUCUUCUUAGUUUUGCAGAAAUUCAACAUUAGCUUUAAACCUUACUUGCCUUUUUUGCUGCUAGUAUUCGUUGUUUUCCAUUUUAUAUACUUGUACAUGUAGAAUAUUUGGGUGCCUGAAAAAUGGCAACAAAAUAAGUUGAUAGUGCUUUAUAGUGUGGGUGUGUAGUUGUUGUUUUUGUUUGCGCCAAAUGUGCAAUUUGUAACAGGAAAUGAAAAAGGUUAGUGAUGCCAAAUGGAAAGAAUUUUUUUUUUUUUUUUUGAUGUUGGCAAAGGAAGGAUCUUACUUAAGGUUUCUUUAGUUCUUUCUCUUUGGGCACUACUCGAAAUAUAUAUAUAUAUAUAUGUAUUUACUUUAAGACAUUUUAAAGGAAAUUAACAGUGCCUAAUCAUAGUUCAGCCAGUGAUUCACAUACAUCGUUAAUUUCCACAGUAGUCCAUCUUAUGGUUGAGGAGAAAUUUCAAUCUACCUGUCUGUGACAGAUAUGACACAAGAUGGACAAAGCUUGUUUAGUCACUCUUAAAAAUGUGAUAAGUCUGUGAUGUUGGAAGUUCAAUGAAUCUAGUUUAGGCACUAAAAAAUGUAUAAUCAUACUCUAAAUCUAGAUCCAUGUUGUUAACUAUUUGGAUUAUACAUUCCGUAGUAAUAGCGUAAAAUGUUGUGUAACAGACGUUAUAUAUCCGAGUAUCUUUGCUUUAACAUGUUUAAUGAUGCUAUUAUAGAAAGCUCUUUUCUGUAAUAUUUUCCUGUUUUAAAAUGGAAUGACAGUAGUUGAACAUAUAGUAAACCUAGUACAGUGUAUAUUGAACUUUUUGGUUGACAAAUUAGCUCCUUGAAAUAAUGUUAAUACUUCAAUAGUUGAAUAUUCCGUCUCAAAAUUAAGUCCUGAGAAAAUAUUAUAUAUGAAAGUGUGACCGUAGCGUUCAGUAUUUAUCUUGCUUUCAAAACUAGGUUAGAUUCUUGUACUAGUUUUCAGUUUUCUUCCUACAUAAUGAUGUCUUUUAUACUUAAAUAAAUCUAUGAGUAGUAAAUACCUAUUAA